AUGAAGCUCUUCACUCGAUUGCGAGAAAGACAAAAGAGGAUCGAGAUGAAAGAGUACGAAAGCCAGCGGGAUGAGCUCAAAAGUCUCUAUGAAAAUGACGAUUUACGAUUGGAGAGCGAUGAAGGGAAAGGGGAUGAGGAGAGAGGCACUGAUCGUCUUUUGUCUCGAAUCGCCAUUGUGUUGAAUCUUCUAUUGCUUAGCGGCAAUCUGACAGCCUCAAUUCUAUCAGGAUCUCUUGCAAUCAUCAGUACUCUCGUUGAUUCAGCAAUGGAUCUAACAAGCAACAUCAUUAUUGGCCUCUGUUUGAUUUUGAUUCAAAAAACGAACAAUUUCCACUAUCCACGAGGAAGAGAACGCCUCGAGCUCGUCGGUGUUCUCGUUUGUUCAAUUCUCAUGGGAGUCGCCAACAUCGUUGUCAUCUUUCAAUCGAUUUUGGCAAUUGUUGGAGAUAAUAUGAAUGCUAAAUUGGACUACUUUUCCGGUGGGUUAAUGUUGGCAGGAGCUGGAUUGAAGAUCGUGCUUGCUGUCAUUUGUUUCAAGCGGGGUACUCCAUCAUCAAAGAUUUUAGCAAUAGAUAUGCGAAACGAUGCGGUCACCUGUUUGACAGCGUUUUUCGCGGUGCUCAUCGCUCAUAAAUGGUGGAAAUACGCGGAUCCAAUUGGAGCGAUAUUGGUCUGCUCCGUGAUCGCUUUCAAUUGGUUUUCUCAUGCGAUCGAAAACAUUCCACAAUUGGUCGGAGUGAGGGGAGAGUCGCAUUUGCUCAGUCGAGUCAUCCGCGUCUCGAUCAAACACGAUCAAAGAAUUAGGAAAAUCGAUCAUGCAAUGGUUUACCAAACGGGCUCCACGGCGACUGUUGAGAUCCACAUAGUUCUCGAUGAGAAUAUGCCUCUAAAGGAAACCCAUAACAUUUGCCAUCCAUUGGAGAAGAAAUUGUCAAGAUUGGAUGGUGUGGAAAGAGCAUUUGUGCACUGUGAUUAUGAAUGUGAUGGAGAUCAUUUUAUUGAAGGUUUGUCUUUCAAU